CUCUCUUUCUCUCUCUUCAAAGCCUCGUGUUAAUUGAAAUCUGCAUGCCCUAGAUCUCUCUCGUCCUUCUACCGUCGCGUCUGGAAGCUUCCAUUGAGAUCAGAUAGAGAGAGAGAGAGAGCUCCGAUCAGGUGCGGCGGCGAUGGAUCCCGACCAGUUGGCGAAGGCGUUCGUUGAGCACUACUACACGACGUUCGAUGCUAACCGGGCGGGCCUUGCGAACCUCUACCAGGAAGGAUCCAUGUUGACCUUCGAAGGUCAGAAGAUCCAAGGAUCCCAGAACAUCGUCGCCAAGCUGACCAGCCUCCCCUUCCAGCAGUGCCAGCACAGCAUCUCCACCGUCGAUUGCCAACCCUCCGGCCCUGCCGGCGGCAUGCUUGUCUUCGUCAGUGGCAAUCUCCAACUCGCCGGCGAGCAGCACGCCCUCAAGUUUAGUCAGAUGUUCCAUUUAAUGCCAACACCUCAGGGAAGCUUCUACGUGUUGAACGACAUAUUCCGAUUGAACUAUGCAUGAAGGCGAGAGACAGUACUUGUAUUUCAACGGGAUAUGGCCUCUGAUGUGUCUCAAAGCAGGCGACGGAAACUGUUUUGCUCGUAACUAUUAUGGUAUAGGCAAUUACAGUGACGAGUUGGAGUUGGGAAAGUUACAUUUGGUGUCUCAAAAGUUAUGGUACCUUUCACCAGAAACCAAAGGUUUUCUUCAUUAAAGAUUGGUUGAUUAUGUGGGGUUCUCUGCGGAGGCCUUGUUGCUACUGUACUGAACUCUGAAGGGAAAUUGGUCCUCAUUUCUCGAGUCCGAGUACAAUAGUUGUCGAAGUUAGCUUUGCAGCUUGUUUGCCGAACUGUUCUGAUUUCAUCUCUGUAUUGGUUGUUGGUUAUGAGGAUUAAAAAAGGGUAUGAAAUUGAUUUCUCUCUCUCCUCUUUA